GCAACGCUGGUGAUGACAAAAGCAAAAAUAUUUCCUUCCUUCUUUUUCGCAUGCAAAAACCAAACAAAUAUCAGCAACACCGUCAACGCGAAUACUAAAUAUAAAACCACUUAUUUUUAUUUUGAAUUUUAGAGUAAGUUGAAAAUUUAAAUGAUGUCUUCGAAUGAUGUGAAAAGUCUGCUUAAGGAAGCUCGAGAAGCAGUCAAAAAGAAACAUUUUUCAGAUGCUAUUAGAUUGUGCAAUAAAAUUCUAAAAGUGGAUGACAAACACUACAUGGCUCUACUCUUGAUGGGAGCUUGUUAUCAGGACACCGAUAAGACGGAAGCAGCGAAUUUUUUGAAGAGAGCUUUAGCUUGUAGCAGUGAUCCUACUGUUCCACUACAAGGAUUAGCAAAUUGUGUCAACGAUAAAGAAUUGCCGGCUAUAUAUCAACGGUUACUCUUACUUACUCCAGAUAAAUAUCUAGAACUGCACAAUAAACUUCUUAAAAUUGCAUGCAAUGAAGAACAAAUUGAUCAGAUUGUCAACAUUUUUGAAAGUGAGAUUGAUUCAAAGGAAAGCAAUGAAAGCAGAGUUCAUUCUGCGUAUAAAUGCUUAUCAAUAAUUUUCAAGGAUUUGAAACUAGAAAAAAAGUACGAAAAACUCGUGGAACGAAUACUCGAGUACGAGACAAAUAUCCAUGACGAUCCAUAUUUGAAUGAAAAACUCAAGCGAUAUCUUAAGCUACUAUUUCACAUGAACAUGUAUGAGAAGCUAGCUAAAAAAGCAUCAGAGAUGCAUGAUUGCUUUCAAGGUGAUGUUACUCCUUUAGAAUGGAUUUGUCAUGUAUAUGUAGGGCAACACCUGGAGGAGGAAAAACUUUCCAGUUUACUAUCGAAACCAUUAGAAUCAUAUUUUAUUUCGGCAAUAGAAAUAAAUCCAUCAUCAGCAAUUGCACUUGUAGCUAAAGGUAUUUUUAGUUACAAAAAAGGUGAUACAGCGAAAGCUACUGAGUUGCUACGAAAAGCAGAUUCUAUUCAUCCAAAUUGGCCCACAUGUCUGAGUGUUCUGGCCGAAAUAUAUUUUCAAUUGAAGGCAUACGGGCUUGCAGAAAACAUUUAUCGUCAGUUGAAACUUGUUAAUGUCAACUUAUUCAUUGCUCUUAUAGAAGAUGGUAGCCCAGAGAAACUUGAAGAAGCUAUGUCUUAUUGGACUGAAUCAUUGCACGAAAUCAAAAACCCUAGCUUGUCUUUCUUUAGCGUUAAAUUGCAAUUACUUCUUGGAAGAAUUCACAACAUAGAUGAGCUACUGGAAAAUUUAAAACAGCAGGGUGUUACUGAGAAUCAGUGUAAAUAUUUGGAAGCGUUACAUUAUAGAAAGACAAAAAAACCAUUAAAAGCAAUAGAAGUUUUGAAAUGUGUUGAUGAAACCUUUGACAAUCUUUUAGAGUUAUCAGUGUUAUAUUUUGAAACACAAAACAUGGAACAAAGUUUUAUGUGUGCCUUAAAAGCUACUAAACUUCAGCCGUCUUCUGCUAACUGCUUUCAUCAAUUAGGAAAAAUUUAUUUGCGCAAUGCUGAUACUUCGAGAGCAAAAAAAUGUUUGGAAAAAUGUGUUUCGCUAAAUCCAUUUCAUAGAGAAGCGAUUAUGUUACUAAGUCUAAUAUAUCGAAAUUUAUCGGAUUGGGAGUCUAAUGCAAAACUACUGCGUAAUUCAGUAAACCUCUGUAAUGGACCGAGUUCGACAUGGGCUUAUCUUCAACUGGCUUUACAUCAUCUUGGGCAGCAGCAGUAUGAUGAAGCUAUUGCCGCUUUUCGUACUGUCAUUAGGUAUGACAUAAAUAACAUAACGAGUUGGGAAGGACUAGCUGAUGCAUACAUGGGUCGAGGGUCCUUUAUUUCGGCCAUGAGAGUAUUUGAAAAGACAACCGAAUUCAAUCCUGAUAAUCCGUAUCCGAUACUGCAAUUGGCAAACAUAAAAAAUAUCUUAAAGCAAAAUAACGAAGCUCUAGAACUGUUUAACAAAUUAUUUAAAAAUAAUGAAGAAUAUUUUCCUGCAAUAAAAGGAAUAGCCGAAUCGCAUUUGGGUCUUAGUUACUCAUACCUUAAUCAAAGAUUGAUUGGGAAAAGUCGUGACCACGCUCAGCACGCUGUUCAUUACUGCACAAGAGCCAUAAAAUUGAAACCCAAUUUUACAUGUCUGUGGAAACAACUGGGAGACGUUUUAGACAUGGUUGCGAAUUUUCCCAAAUCCAAAUCACAUUUGCUAAUAGAAGCUGCUUUGGCGGGAACGCCAACGACACAAAGCCCUGUCAGGCUAGAAGCAGAACAAUUAUCUGAACUUGCGGGUCGUUGUUACUGCCGAGCGGUGCAGUUACGCCCCGAUAACAGCUUAUUUUGGUAUGAAAUGGCUGCAAAUUUCUACAGGCGAGCAUUACGUAUCACCACAGAUAAUGAAGACCGUUUUAAUAAGUUUUCAUCUGCAAUAGCGGCCGCGAAGCAGGCGAUAACGUUAGAACCAUCCCGUUGGCAAAAUUGGAAUCUAUUAGGUGUAAUCUGUGCAACGAAACAGGUUAACAAUUUGGCUCUGGCGCAACAUUGUUUCAUUGAAGCAAUUUCAUUGGACAAAAAAACGGCAGCCGUAGGUUGGUCCAAUCUUGGUAUCCUAUAUUUGUUGCAAGGAUCAACCAGUCUUGCAAAUAAAGCCUUUGGACAAGCUCAACAAAUAGACACAGGGUAUAUGAACGCCUGGAUAGGUCAAGCAAUAAUUGCUGAACAGAUGGGACAAGUUGACGAAGCGAUAGACUUGUUUAGACACUGUACUCAACUAGGAUAUCAUCCAGAGUCGUCAUUAGGAUAUUCUCACUGGGUUUGCUCAGUUAUGCAAGACGACGAUUAUCGAAAAAAUAAAAGAUAUCUUUUUGCCAUUGAAAACAUGCAUGCUUUACCACAUUCGCAUGAUUCCAUCACAUGGCACUGCGCAGAAAAAGAGGAUGAAGCUUCUGGAGAAGCAUUAAGAUUUUUAGGUUACAUAAGUUAUAAACUUGGAUUGUGGAGGACCGCAGCGACAGCGUUUCAGAAUGCAUUGAGUAAAACUAAUGGAAUCCAUAAAGACCAUGUUUUGUGCGAUCUUGGAUACUGUUUCUUGAAGCUAAAAAAAUACCAUGAUGCCGUGGAAUGUUUCCAACAAUUGUCAGAAGCGACAUAUGAAGCUGCAGUUGGAAAAGCUUUAGCAUACUUCAAAUCCGGUCAGUACGAAGAGUCAUAUUCUGAGUAUGAAAGCACAUUGAAUUGGUUAGCAAAUACGAAUUUAGAAAAGGCAUAUGUGCUUAUCGCAAUGUCAGCAAUGGUCUAUGCUUUCCAAGGUGAAUCUGAUGCCAAAACAAUUCUUUUCCAAUGUAUUACCUUGCCGGAACCUUCCAUACAAGCUUUCUUCUCAGCAUGUGCUCUAGGUUUAUUACAUAAAGACAAUGUACUUACAGAGUUAGUAAUUAAAGAGUUGCGAAAAUAUGAAAACGAUCCCAACAAUGGACAUCACGUCGUAUAUCUUGUUUCACAAUUCCUCUGGAUAAAUAUGCGCAAAUCCUGUUCACUUGCCUACUUAAUUUCCCAAGUGCACAAAUUCCCAGAUCGACCAAAACUUCGACAAAUUCUGGCAUUAUCAUUGUUAAAAAAUCACCGAACUCCUAAGAAAAAUUUAUUCCUUGCUAGUAGCAUUGCUGAAAGCGCCUUAAUAUUGGAUUUACAUGAUAGACGACGUAGCACUCGAAGCGAUGAGGCAGCGAAGUGGCUAGCGGUCGCAAGCGAAGCGGUGCGACCAGUUGACAUCAAACGGCGUAAGAUACUCGCUCAAAAAGCGGUACAUGUGGAUCCCUCAUGUAAAGAAGCCUGGAGCUCUCUCAUUAGAAUUUUGCAAUCGAAAACGUAACCAUGGUACAGCAUAGAUUGAUGAAAGAUAUAAAAAAAUCAAUGCGUAUAUUUAAAAAAUAUAGUGUUCUCAGGAAAUCUA